CACAGCUGAUUCGUGUUCUGUAAUUUUCCUGCGACCGGUACUAAAAACAUAUUUGUUCCGCACUAAAUUCUUUAAUAAAUAUGCUUCGUUUGAUUUUACGUACAAGUCAUAGUCCACGGAGCAUGUUCCAAAGUGAUAUGCGAUUAUUUAAUAUUUUCAGAGUGUCGGCGAAAAAUAUAACUUCUAUCCAUACCGGUGUGAUGCCUGCAAAUAACCGUCUCUUAAACAAAAAGUUCACUUCUCCGCUCUAUCAAUGUCAAAAUCACCGCAACAUGUUUAUACAAACACAAGACACACCCAAUCCAGACAGUCUCAAAUUUCUGCCUGGCAUAGACGUACUCGGCAAGGGUAAUACCUAUGAUUUCCCCAGCGUGUCUGCUGCUUAUUGUAGUCCUUUGGCAAAACUACUUUUUCGUAUCGAUGGUGUACGUGCCGUUUUCUUCGGUGCUGAUUUCAUAACAAUAUCUAAAGAGGAAGAAAUAGAUUGGUCUGUUGUUAAGCCGGAAGUGUUUGCUGUUAUAAUGGAUUUUUUCGCCAGCGGUUUACCAAUUCUUAACGAAGCGAAACCAAAUUCAGAUACUCAAAUCGAAGACGAUGAUGACGACGUGGUUAUGAUGAUUAAGGAGCUUCUCGACAGCCGCAUACGACCAACUGUACAAGAGGAUGGCGGUGAUAUUAUAUACAUGGGCUUUGAAGAUGGAGUAGUUAAGCUAAAAAUGCAAGGAUCUUGCUCUUCCUGUCCAAGCUCAAUUGUCACCCUUAAAAAUGGCGUACAAAACAUGUUGCAAUUCUACAUACCUGAAGUGGUAUCGGUGGAGCAAGUUUCUGAUAAAGUGGACAAAUUGGCAGAAAAGGAAUUUGAAAAAUUUGAAGCCAAGAUCAAAUUGAAGGAAGCGUCACCAAUAAACGAAACAAAAGGUUAAAUUAUUAAAUUAAAAUUAUCUGUUAUUGUUAAAUAUGCUUAGAAAUAUACGAAUAAAUUUAUGUAAAUAACAA